AUGACUUCGCAACUUGAGAUUGACGUAUCGCCUUCCCCACCUUACCCCACAGCGUAUUUUCUCUGCGAUGGCGUUACCGACGCUAAGACUCUCAAGACCGCGCUCUCCCUCUCACGCACACCCAAGCUCCGCAAAGCGCGUAUUGAAGGUUAUCGUCGCUCCGUCCGUUCAGGCCACGGGGCUAGCACACUAGCAUUCGAUGCCCGCAAUUUGGGCGAGUGGUGCGGCACAGAAGUUGUCAAAGGAGUGAUUUUCGAGGCCUUGUGUUUGGAGGAGGAAAGGGCGCUGAUUCAGUAUGUGGGUGGAACUGGAGAGGUCAAGACUGAGAAGAUUGAGGUUGCUUGCCCGAGUCUGCUGGGCAAGGUGGGGAUGAUGAAGACGAUCAGGGGCAGGAUCUUCGUGCCAGAGGGCGAUGGAGAUACGCUCGUAGGAAGUACGAGGAGCUUCAUGCAUAGCGAAAGGAGGCUAGAGCCGGAUGAGACCGAUACAGUUGUCAGCGAUGGCAGGUCUGCUGAGGAUUCGGCUAUGGAGCAAGAGCCUAACGACGGCGCCUUAUCCGAGACAGGCUCGAUAGCUGUUGCUGACGGACAUCCGACACCACGCAUAUCGCCUUCGAUCGCGACAUUGCACGACACGGAUGUUCCGCACCAGUCUCUCGAUGAGCUUGCGUUAGCCGCCAGUGACGAGUAUCUGGAGCCUCUCGCUUACGAGCAUCCAGCUGAUCCAAAGAUUGAGACCAAGGACUGGGCGGCAACUAGCGAGGUUCCUACUACAGGGAUCGAUGACAUCAAGGACACUAAGAUCUAUAAGGAGCUCAUGGACAUGCAAGAACCUAGCAAGGUCGAGGCAGCCAAAGGUUCAAGCGAGAUUGAGACUCCGCAAGUCAAGGACAUCAAAGAUACCAAAGUCUUCAAGGCAAUCAUGGAGGCUAAGGAACCUCAGGAGAUCGAGGCGAUUGAGGAGGCUCAAGAGACCGCCGACACCACUGACAGCUGCAAGCCCUUCCACAUGGAAGAGAUCAAAGAGAUUAACGACAUCGACGACGGCAGGGACAUCCAGGUGGAAUCUGAAUAUCAGCGAUUGCUUCUAGCAGAGCAAAGAAGAUCAAGGGCUGUCUCGAUGAACACGUUCGUUUCUGGUACAACCACCGCGAUCGGUGAUGAGCGAAGCGUGUCCGCGUCCGCGACGCAGCCAUGGUCCCCAUCUACUCCAUGGCGAAAGGAACAUGCCACCGCACCUGUCCGUUCAGUUCUCACAGCGACGUCUCCCAGCCAGUCUAUGGGAACCGCUACUCGUAUGCGGAAGACUAGUGAUAGCAUCAAGUCCUUAGUUGGAAAGUUCGAGAACUUGACUCCUCAAAACACCCAGAGCAAGGGUGCUUGA